UUCUACGACGACAUCCGCGUUUGCCAUUUUCUCUUGCGCUCGGGUCGUUGACGUGUAAACAUGUUUUGUCCUUUUCUUACGGGAUUAAUGAUUUUCUGAAAAUCGUGUUGUACGUUUAUAGUUUGAAACUUGAUCAUUUAAUUAUUUAAUUGGUCGUCUUUUCCAGAACAUAUUUUACCGGAUUAUAAUAUCUUGAAUGUGAAAUUAUAUGAUUAUUGUAGUCGCAUUAAAUUGAAGACGGCUUUUGCUCUCAGCUUAGGUUUGACGUUUAUUAUCGAAUAUAUUAGUUUUCCUGCUUUAUAUUGAUAAUUUUUGCGAUGUACAUACUUUCACAUUUAAUAUUUUACCUAUUGACCCAGUCCUAGUUGUGUUGACGUGUCUCGCCCUUUACCAGUCGGGAUUUGAUCGCCAUAUUGGAGACCAAAUUACAAUUUCGUAAUUGGUCGAAUAAAACAAAAUUAUAUACUUCAAAUACAAUGCCUCGCAUAGAUCCGCAACAACUGCUCAAAUGUUUGAGUGUCCUCCUCUCACCAAAAGGAGGAAUUAAAAGCAAAGAUGAGGUUCAAAGGCUUGCCAGUUUGAUGACAAAGUUCUCAAAGAAACUGGUGAGCAAAUGUAUUUAUGUCUCCAUACUGAAAGCCACUGAGACAGAUCUUCUUUCAAUGUUUAUGUCAGCUGGAGGGUGGGAUCUUACCUUUUCUUGGUUAUCUGAUGGUGUAGGAGCCAAAAAUUGGCCACUUGUAACAGAGCUUGUGGACUUGUUACUUAUAUGCCCUGUUGAUAUUGACAGACUGAAGACAAAUGCAUGUCCUAAGUUAAUAAAAACACUAUCAAAGGACAUAACUGCUGAUGAAAAGGUGCGGCUGCUGGCUUGUAAAUUGGUGGAACAAUGGUUAAGAAUUGUGAGGGGUGAUAAUGAUGCCUCCACACCAAAAGUGGGAGAACAGACGGCAGGAGUCCCACAGCAAGUUUCAGUGUCGUCAUCCCCUGUGUCUAGUGCCGGAGAAGCUGAACACUCAGAACAUCCAGUGCCCAGUGGCGGUGUAGACGGUGCAAGUGAUGGCCACCUCCCUGUUUAUAAAAUAACAAUUAGAGACGGUAAACAAGUGCUGGCAGAAAUAAGUGGUGAUCGUAGAUCCAGUUCUGAAGUAACCGAAGAAGAUUGCAGUACUGGUGCUGAAGAUGUAAAUCAGGAUGAAGAAGAAGAUCGUGAAGAAGAACAAACAUUAGGAGAAAGUGAAAGUGUUGUGAAUGACAUAGCUGAUGAUGAGGAUGACGAAGAUCUUAUAAAGCCAGUGAAACUCAAGAAGAAACCUCAAACAAAGGCUGCAAAACAGAAUACAAAGAAGCCAGCAAAAGUACACGCCAAAAAAGAUCGUGAAAGUUCUGACAGUAAUAGUAGUGCUAAAGCUGCAAAAUUACAAAACAAGCUCAAAGAUAAUGUAAAAUCUGAUGGGAAGAAGGCAAAAGUAGAUGUGGCUAAAUCAAAGACUUCACCAAAAAGUAAAAUAGCGUCCAAGAUCAAAGAAAAUGACACUACUAAAAAUAGUGUUGUGAGUAAAGAUGCUGAAGAGUCUUCUAGCAUUAAACCAAAAGAAAAGCUGAGUUUGAGUUUGAAAAAUAAGAAAACUUCUUUACAAGGAAAAGAAAAAGAGAAAGCAGAAUCUAAGUUUGACAAAAAAGAUAUUAAAGAUAAAAUGAAAUUUGAUGAUGAUUUGUUAACGGAAAAAGAAAAAGAAACAUUAUCAAAGUUUAUAACACCUCCCAUCAGUAAAUUGGGUAAAAUCCCUAAAAAAUCCUCGUCUAAUAAAGAAGAAAAGCUCAGUGAAGAAAAAAAUAGAACUCUUAAAGAUGAAAAUAUUGAUGUUAAACCUGAAAUUAGAAAAGUUGUUGAUUUAAAGAAACCUGAUAUUAAACGUCCAGAAAAGAAUUACUCGAUAUCUGUGGAACCAAAAAGAUCUGUCCAAAAUGAUGCUCGCCCUAAAACUGUCAAAACAUACAAUUCAAAGUUUAGAUCAACAGGAUUAGAGGAAGAAGUGAAACCUCCACCUCCCAGAUUAACACCUAAGAAGCCUCUGCCCUCAUUUACUCCACUUGGAUUACUUGAGAAGAGUGACAAGAAAUUGGGGAAAAGAACAUCUCCUCCACCAGAAGUUCAUAUACCAGAGAAGAAACCCAAACCUGAAUCUCCAGUAGAAGAAAAGAAGCCUGUUGAAAAAGUUGGUGGAAUCAAACUUAUACCUCCAAAACCAAAACCAAUGUUCCUGCAGGAGAGUGAUGUGUUCAUGGACGCCAUGUUGGCCGCCAACACAAUGAAGGAACCCCGCAAACGUAAACGUCGGGCAAGCACAAGUAAGGAUUCUGGCCCUUCAGAUCCAAAGAAGGAGGCAGGAGGAAACAACAGCCCCAGCCAUUCCCCAAAAGCCGAAGACACUUCUCCCUCCUCCGUUAAACCAACUUUCAAGUUCUAUCAGGAUACUCUGGACACGUCGACAGAAGAGGAUAAGGCUGACAUUAAGAUGGAGGACUCUGAAUCUGGAGAUCCUAGUGCAGAUGACCUUGGUGAUGAUCAGAAAUCAAUGUCUUCAGAGGAUGACAAGGCAUCAAUCAAAACAGAAGGUGGAAAUGGUCCUGUGAAGGGAGUGCUGGUGCAUCUUAAGUCUAGGCGGCAGAAAAAAUCAGUUUCUUGGAAGGAAGACGCACUGGAGUGCAUAAAAUACUUUGAACUGGAUGAGACUGAAAGAGUGAACGUUACAAAGAAUUUUGCUGACAUGAAAAAUAUGGAAAGGGAGCACGAAAGAGAAAAUCUUCAAAUUGCAAGAAAACUAGCUGUGGACGACAUCAUGGAGGAGCGGACACGGUGGAAGGCCCUAAUACCUAUCGACAUCGCCGCACCAGUUGUCGCACCUGGCAAGAAUAGUCAGGAGAAGGACAUCCAGUACGCAAGGGAAAAGACAGUACCUGCAGCAAUAUACUUCAAUAAAAGGACCAUUCCAGACUCAGCAGCUGAACCGGACUUGGAGAUCCAUGCCACAACUGACCCUGCCAUAAUUCCACUGGAUGACAUCACAGGCACCACUGAUUCCAUCAACGAUUUCACCAGCACGCCAUGGCCAGAGCCAAAGGGUCAACCCCCCACCCCAACCCCUCCACCUCCCCCCGUACAGGCUCAGGCUCCUCCAGCCUUCCCUACCGGGCCAGCUCCUGGUCCUCCUGGUCCUGGACCAGCACCCUUCCCCCCAGGUCCCUUCCCACCCAUGGGUCCCUUCAUGCCAGGCCCUGCACCACCAGGCAUGCCUAUGGCUGCAGCUGGAGAUUGUUGGAGGGGUGCAGAUGGAAAGGUGGUACCGAUGCCUCCAGAAAUGUUCCCCCCACAAGGCAUGAUGCCGCCACCUGGUAUGCAGCCAAUGGGGCCAGGACCCAUGAUGCUCCCACCAGGGGUCACACCAGAUAUGCCCUUCCCCAUGGGCAUGCCAGGACCUAAUCCUUCUCCGGAGGAAAUGGCUCACUUUGGAGGAGGAGGCUUUCCACCAAUGGGACCAUCGCCACCCCAUCAGAUGUUCAACCCUCCACCUCCUCCCCCUAUACCCCAAGGUCCUCAGGGUGGCAACUUCCAGGGCUCAGGUGGCAACUGGCAAAACUCUGCAGGUGGCAGCUGGUACGAUAACGAGCAACUUCCUCACAACCCGGGUUCUGGCCGGUACCAGGGCAACAACAACAGUUGGCGCGGAGGUCGUAACAACCGGAAUCGUAAGUACUCUGACAACUGGGGAGGUGGAGGAGGCGGCAACAAUCGCACAGCAAUAUGUAACAACUUCCUGAAACGUGGGUUCUGUCGAAACAACAAUUGUAGGUUCCGGCAUCCCAGAUAGGCAUUUUGUUACUUAUUAAGAAGAUUAUUUAUUGAAGAUUUUGCAAUUAUUUCUUUGUAAAUAAGAAUUUAACAGAAUAUUUUUGUUGUACAUAAUUAAAGAACAGUUUUAUUGUAUAUUUUUACUUCAUAUCCAUUACCACUCAGUCCGUAGAGUGCUGUAUGUGGUAUGCUGGUGGUACUGUUAGAUUUGAGAGGUUACUCAGAGAGAACUAAGUUCAGUUCAAUUAUUGUAAAGUGACAAGUUUUGUAAAGAACUUUACCAAAUUAACAUAAUGUUUUAUAUUAUUUUUAGUUUUCCUUAACAAUAAAAUAGUUUUAUAUCCUUUUAAGAUAUAUUUGUAAAUAAAAGCCCUUAAAAUGUUAAAUAAUAAAAGGCUGUGAAAUUUAUAUUAAAAUAUUACGUUGCAUUGUUUUAAAUGCGUUGUGUAAAUAUGAGCAUGUGUACCAUGUACAUUGUACAGCUUUUAUACAUAAUUAAAGUACUUGCUUGUUAGAGAUAUGGAUUUGUGAUUUUGUUGUGUCAAAUAUUCGUGUUGUACACAAUUUUUUAUGUUAAUAAAAUAAUAUUUUAUUA